AAUGCGAGGCAAUCUUUACCUGAUGAAAUGGCUAAAUUGAGUCGUUUGGUUGUUUGUAGUCUAGGCUUGGGCGAUUUCCUUCCCGAUGCUGCUAUUGUCAAUUUUUACCCAGAAAAGUCUCAUCUUUCGCCACAUGUUGACAGAUCCGAACGUGAUUUGUCUCGUCCCCUCGUCUCAAUAUCUCUUGGCCAACCAGCCAUUUAUCUUACUGGAGGUACUUCUCUUAAUGACCCUGUCGAUGCAAUAAUUUUGCGUUCUGGAGAUAUUUUAAUUAUGAGUGGAGAGCAACGAUUAGUUUACCACGGAGUUCCCAGAAUUUUGGAAGAACAACCAAAGAUCUUUGGAGACGAAUUUAUUCAAAUGGUUAAAGAAAAAGAAGUUUUGGAAUAUGCAAAUAAUUGUAGAAUAAAUAUUACUGUUAGACAAUUAUCUUUAGAAAAUGGGUGUUGGUUGAUUCACUAAAGUCGCAGACCUAUAAUACUUCUCUAACUGUACCUAGCUUUAUGAAAUUUUGCUUGAAUAUUGUUA